GCAAGUUCAUAAACUCAUUGGAGACCAAAGUACAGAUCCAACCGCUUUCUUCUUUCCCAGCAGCUCCAAUACCCUUGGAUCCUUUAGCAAUGUCAUGGAAGAGCAGCUGUCUACUGCGAACGUGCAGGCUUCUACUCUUAGUGAUGGUAUUUUUGCCAUGUGAAGUGACAAGUUUGGUUCUAACCGUGAAUGGUAAAACAGAGAACUCUAUCCUGGAAACUCAACGUGGAGUCCAAGCAUCUCUGGAAUGUGCUGUUAGAAAUCACACCAGGGAUGAAGAACUUCUCUGGUACCGAGAAAAUGGGAGAGUAGAUUUGAAACCUGGAAACAAAAUCAACACCAGCUCAGUCUGUGUCUCUCCCAUCAGUGAAAAGGACCAUGGAGUCAACUUUACCUGCAAGCUGCAGAGGAAUCAGACCAUGUCUGUCUCAGUGGUGCUGAAUGUUAUUUUUCCUCCUCUCCUGAGUGGAAACAACGUCCAAACACUUGAGGAAGGCAAGGAUGUCAAGUUGGUUUGCAAAGUGAAAUCGAAUCCCCAGGCUCAAAUGAUGUGGUACAAAAACAAUAGCAUCCUGACUUUAGAGGACAACCGUCACCAAAUCCAACAGACAAGUGAAUCUCUCCAGCUGACCAUCGCCAAAGUCAAGAAAUCAGACAAUGGAACCUACAACUGUGUUGCAAAUUCACCCCUGAAAAUGGAGACCCUGGACUUUCACCUGCUUGUUAAAGAUAAAACGGAGCCCUUUCCAACAGAACCCAUUAUUGCUGCAUGUGUGGUGGUCUUUCUGACAUUGUGCUUUGCAGUACUUGCUAGAAGAAAAAAAAUAAUGAAGCUCUGCAUAAAGGAGCAAGACCCUCACACAGGCACAGCUUUAUGAGGAAGCUGGGAUGCCAGCUAAUCUAGGAAGAGUUUGCGAGCAGGACAACUUCAACUUAUGUAGUCCCAUCUGUAUUUAUUGCUAUUAUUAUAUUCCUCCCCUCCCCAACCCCAGUCAAAUUGUCAGCGUUUGUAAAGAAAUGUUUCCUUAAUCACUCAUUUGAUAUGCUUACAGAACCAUUUUAGAGAGGAAGCUGUUUAGGACAAAAAGCAAGAUUUUUGUUGUCUUCUCCUGGAAGUGUAGGUUAAUUAAUUGAGAUUUGUUCCAAACAGAUCAGUAACCAUUUGUUAUUUCACUUUCCUCCCCCCUAGGAAAGAGAUUAGCAGACAUUUGGGUCUCAUAAGUCAAUGUGUUAAAUAAAUGGAUGAAUGAAUGAAUGAAUAAAUAAAUAAAUAAAUAAGAAACAACAUAGAGAGGUCAAUUUUUUAAGUUGCCAGAGAAGCACAUAAAAAAUACUAAUCAACACCUUCUUUCAGUGUCAUUUGACUUAAAAAAAACCAAACCCUUAGAACUAAAGUAAGAAGGAAGAAUAUAGUCUCGGAACAUGAGACACUGUUUUAAAUAGAAAGU